AUGUCGGAUAACGACAAACCUUACUCUUUGAGAAAGCACGGAGAAACACCUUUCCCAGAAGGGUUACCACCAACCACUAGAAAAAAAUUUCAAUUCACUGAUCCACCCGACGCGAAUGCAACCGUAGAUUCAGGGGUCGGGAAAUCUUUAAUACACCCGGAAUAUACUUCGGACGAAGAUUCAGAGGAAGAACCAACUGUUAAAAACUCAAAUAAUUCGGAUUUAGACAACCUUAGUGCUAAUACUCUUAACGAUAAUAGUGAAAAUAAUUCGGUUAUCGAACAAGAUAAAGUCGAAGGUGUUUUGUCGGUCCAAAAUCCAAUCGAUCUUAAUUUAGUAAAUCAAAUUCAUCAAGAAGGUCUAGAAAAUAUAAAUAAUAUGGCAUUAGCGGCUAAUCAAAACAUUUCUUUAAAUGACGCGCUUACCUUUGUUCCUCGGUUUGACGGAGUCCCGAGUGAAUUAACAGAUUUCUUAAAUUGUUGUAAUGACGCAAAGUCCGUUUUACCGGAUGUUGCGGAGAGUAAUUUGACAAAAUUGAUAUACGGUAGUAAACUCAGUUCUAAAGCAGGAAAAGACGCUUUUAAAAAUAAUACAGACACGUCCGUUUCGGGAUGUUUUGUACAAAACUUGCGGAAUGAGAUUGACCAACGUAUGCCUGUGUGCGCUAAUGCGGAGGAAGCGUUACAGAAUGCUAUUAAUAUCGAGAGGAAAUUGAACGCACGAAAGGAAUUACGCCGCGAACCCAAAGAAAAGAAAUCUAACGAAGAAAAGAAAAAGAGCGAUGAAAAAAUCAAAAAUUCUUCUAAGAGUGUUAACUUUACAACAGGAUCCCAGAAUAAGCCCAAUAAACCCUCCACAUCGCAAAACAAUAACAAGAACAAAAAUAAUAACUAUCAGAAUUUUAAUAGUAAUCAAAAUAGAAGCGGGAAAAAACAACCGACCGAUACACGUUGUCAAAACAUCGGAAGCAUCGAGCGGAGACGAUUCCGAGUAAUGAAAGUAAAAUUAAAUUUAGAUUUGGAUAAUUUACCCUACGCUGUAGUUGGUAAGUCAUCCAAAACCGGUGACGUGAUUAUGAUGCUGGAUUCGGGUGCGUCACCAAAUUUAAUUAAAGCUAAGUAUUUAUCGGAUAAUACAAAAAUUGAUCUAAAUAACAUAAUAGACUUGCAUGGGAUAUCAAACGUCCCGGUUUUUACUUUGGGUAGUGUGACAAUUAAACUUUUUGAUAGAGACGCUGUAUGUCACGUGGUUCCAAACGACAUGACUAUUCCGCACGCUGGUUUGGUCGGAUCAGACUUUUUUGCAAAGCACGGUGCGAAAAUAGACUAUAAGAAUAGAGUUUUAGAAGAAAAGGAAACUGCAGUAGAAACACCGAAGACUUCUCUGCAGGAAAAAGAACCUACAGUGGGAACACCGAAGACUCCCCUGCAGGGAACAGUGGGUGCUCCAACCAAGAAGAGGGGAAGACCGCCUAAACAUCGAGAGAAAUCUGAUGAAAAACGGAUUGACCCGAGCGAGGUAAUGCCUUCAUUAGAUCUUGAUGUUAAUGUAGAAUCCGACGCGAAUUCUGAUGACGAAUCGAGUUCCAGUGACUCGGACAGUUCGAUCGAAACCAUCAACGAUUUAAAAAGAGAAGAAGGCAACAAAGCAACCAACAUUAUAGCAACGAAGGAUCUAUUUCAGUACCGACAUGAUAACAUGGUAUAUUUUUUAAAUGGAGAUGGGCAACCUUGCGAUGAGGGUGCUCGAUCGUUGAAAUCAAUUGGUAAACUUCCUAAUGUUGGGUUCAUAGACACCGGUCAAGUGUAUUGGACCAAGAAAGGAAAUACGAACCAUUUUGGAUUGGUGAUUCGCGGAACAAGCGGAGAAUCAAUUAUACGUGUCAGAAGCAACAUCGCCAAAUGUCUAGUAAAGCUCAAAGGAAUAUUGAAGGACAAAAGAAUAACAAAUUUCUCAAUAGCGUUUUCAGAAUUCAUUGAAAAUCUUUUUAUUGUCAUGGCAAUGUAUUGGGGCUGUUCCGAGGCCAUAAUUGGGUAUGAUUGUGGUAGUAAGAUUUUAAAUAUGACUACCAUAUCGCUAGUAGACAUUGAUGAAUGUGAUAUAGAGGAAAAUCGGGUAGAAACGUCCCUCCCUGAAAUUGCGCUCUUACAAUUGAAUGAGUAUCAACAUACUAACGCUAUACAAUGUAAAAUAGAAAUUCAUCGUGUCAUCCAACAUUGUGGAUGGCAGUCUUAUAAUUCCAUAGUAAGUCAGGGAAUAAACGAAUAUAUCUACCCGAUUUCUCGCGAAUUAUGUCAGGUCGCGCAUGACCAUAAGACACUACGAAUUGGUAACACAUUCAUUGAUGGUCUCGAAAUAAAUACCACCACGAAGAAAUGUUUCUUUUCUGUUUUUGUUAUACUACUUGUUACUAAAGCUGAUAAAUUAUUAAUUAAUGCAAAAUGA